AUGACAGCCCGCGUGGACUUGUCGAGCAGCGAGGCCGCUUCCUUGGCGAUGGAGAGAGAGGCAGGAAGGGUGGAGCAGAACUUGGUCGAGGACGGAGCGGGAAGAGUAGGCGGAAGAGAAGAACCAGCGAGCGGGUUGGACGGAAGGGAUAGGUUGUGGAGCGACGAAUCCGGCAGCGAUAUGGAACACGUCAUCUGCGGUUCUGUCCAUUCCAUUUAUUGUACUUUCUGAAACGUGACGUUUUGAGUUCAGGGAGCAUCCGAGAGAACUUAGCAGUUCUUCUGUAAGCAGUAAUUAAUACACCAUUGUUCUAUUUCAAUUGACCGUUGUGCUCGCGAUCUCCCCGUCGUUUUCCGUUGCAACGGCGUUCCGCCACCGUUUCGCCAAAGCUGCCGCCGCAGUGGUCUCGCCACGAUUUGAGUUUGGCGAAACAGCGUUCCGCCGCAGUUUCCUCAAAACGCCUCUUCCGCCGCGCCGCUGUUUCCUCACUUCAAAUCCCUGAGAUUCGAUUUUGUGCGGUGGGGCACGUUUGCGCACCCUUCUCUUGGAGUAACAACUGAAUGGGUGUUCGUCCACCGAAGGAGGGCGAAGGAGAAUGAUGACAAAUAAGCGAGAAUUACACAUAACCUAGCGGGUAGAUCACAGGUAGAUCACUUAGCAUUAUUCUACAAAUUAUCAUACGUCUAGAACGACGCAACACCGCAUUUUCCAGAAAGAACAAAGCGGAACAAGUGUCGAUGUUGAGAGGGUACGCCGAACCAGAACAGUCCUGAAUCUGAGCAUUGAGGUGAGCAAAAGGUACCCAAAAGUCAUAAUAAAGUCGAACCCUUCAGAAAUCCGCCGAGAUGACGGUGGACGAACUUCCCGAUCUGCCAUAA